UAGUGUUUCACAAUUGUGUGACCUAUCUCUGAUUCAGCUAGCAUUCUGUGUACACUCUCACAAAGAAACUUCCACUAUAUUACAUCACUCAUUCACUAACUUUUCUCAUUCUUCAAUCAUCUUCUUCAUCAUCAUCAUCAUCAAAUGUCACUAUCUUAUUCAAGAUUUCUACUUCUUCUUCUGUUCAACUCUUUUCAUCUGUUUAUCUAUCACAUUAUACACAUUUCUGACAAUGGCCUCUCAUUCUCAUAACAAGCAUCAUCAUAGUGCUCAUACCAGGCAGUUUGUUAGCA